ACCGAAACCAAACCACACCACACCACACCAUGGCAAACCGCACGGUGAAGGGCGCGCACAGCAUCCACGGCACCAACCCGCAGCACCUGGUGGAGAAGAUCGUCCGCACGCGCAUCUACGAGUCCCGGUACUGGAAGGAGGAGUGCUUCGGCCUCACGGCCGAGCUGGUGGUGGACAAGGCCAUGGAGCUGAGAUACGUGGGGGGAGUCUACGGAGGGAACAUUAAACCCGCGCCCUUCUUGUGCCUGACGCUGAAGAUGCUGCAGAUCCAGCCCGAGAAGGACAUCAUCGUGGAGUUCAUUAAAAACGAAGACUUCAAGUACGUCCGAAUGCUUGGAGCGCUGUACAUGAGGCUGACGGGCACUGCCGUCGACUGCUACAAGUACCUGGAACCGCUGUACAACGACUAUCGCAAAAUUAAAAGCCAGAACAGGAACGGGGAAUUUGGGCUGAUGCACGUGGAUGAAUUUAUUGAUGAGCUGCUCCACGAGGAGCGCGUUUGUGACAUCAUCCUGCCUCGACUGCAGAAACGGAAUGUUCUGGAAGAAGCUGAGCAACUUGAGCCUCGUGUUAGUGCUCUGGAGGAAGACAUGGAUGAUGUGGAAUCUAGCGAGGAGGAGGAAGAAGAAGAGGAGAAGCUGGAAGGGAUCCCGUCUGCUGAGCGGCGCAGCAGGGCCUGCAGGGCCCCGGGGAAGCCGCGCCGCUCCCCGGCCGUGCGCUCCCGGCGGAGGAGAAGCCGCUCCCGGCGGAGCAGAAGCCGCUCCCCGCGGAGCAGAAGCCGCUCCCGGCGGAGCAGAAGCCGCUCCCGGCGGAGCAGAAGCGCCUCUCGCAGCGAGAGCCCCCGCCGGCACCGCGGCCGCUCCCGGGACCGGCGCCGCCGAUCGCGGUCCAAAUCUCCAGGGCAUCACCGCAGCCACAGGCACAGAAGGCAUUCCAAAUCUCCUGAAAGAUCUAAGAAAAGUCACAAAAAGAGUCGGCGAGGAAAUGAAUAAGAAACAAAACCCAGCCCGCUGUUCAAGGACCUUGAGCUGCAGUCUGAUGCUGUCCAGUGUGCUCCACAGGACAGCUGACUCUCUGCUGGCUGCUUUAGCAGUCCCUUUCUUUUACCAUCUUUCUCAUUUUGUUGUCUUGAAUUUUUUUAUUAACAGUAAGCUAAGGAUACUUUUUAUGUAGUUAGUUACUCAUCUUUGUGAUAGAAUUUGAAAGUUGUUUUUUCAAUUGUUUUUC